CAGAGUCAGCUCUCUUCAUAAAGGAAGAGCACAGACUGGGCUGGCACUCAGAGUGUGCCAGGAGGGUCCUACCCAGGUCUAGGUGCCUGGUGGGGUGGCAGCCAGGUUGUUACCACAGGAGCCCAGUGGACAGGCAGACAUGGGGCUGCUGACAGGGGAUGUGCUGACAACUCUGGCCUUGGCCAUGACCGUCUUCCUGCUCCUGGUGGACCUGAUGCACCGGCGCCCACGCUGGGCUGCACGCUACCCACCAGGCCCCAUGCCACUGCCGGGACUGGGCAACCUGCUACAGGUGGACUUCCAGGACAUUCCUUACUGCUUCAGCAAGCUGCAGCGCCGCUUCGGGGACGUGUACAGCCUGCAGCUGGGCUGGACACCGGUGGUCGUGCUCAACGGGCUGGUGGCCGUACGCGAGGCGCUGGUGAAGCACAACGAAGACACCGCGGAUCGUCCGCCUACGCGCAUCCUUGAGUACCUGGGCUUUGGACCUCACUCCGAAGGGAUUUUCCAGGCGCGUUACGGCCCAGCGUGGCGCGAGCAGCGGCGCUUCUCCUUGUCCACUCUGCGCCUCUUCGGUCUGGGCAAGAAGUCUCUGGAGCAGUGGGUGACCGAGGAGGCCUCCUGCCUCUGUGCCGCCUUCGCUGACCACGCCGGACGCCCCUUUGGCCCCACCGAAUCCCUGAACAAAGCGGUGACCAACGUGAUCGCCUCGCUCACCUAUGGGCGCCGCUUCGAAUACGACGACCCGCGCUUCCUCCGGCUGUUGACCUUGAUGGAUGAGAUUCUACCCGAGCAAUCAGGCUUCCUGAUCCAGGUGCUGAAUUUUAUCCCUGUCCUCCUGCGCAUCCCGGGGUUGGUUCACAAGGUCAUCCCUAAGCAGAGAGAAUUCAUGGCCCUGUUGGAUGAGCUGGUGACUGAGCACAGGAUGACCUGGGACCCAGCCCAGUCACCUCGAGACCUGACAGAUGCCUUCCUGGCCGAGGUGGAGAAGGUGAGGAGCACUGUCAGGGACCGGGCCAAAACAGUGGCUUGAUGGUCCCCUGACAAGUUGGUCCAGGACAGGUAGGGCAGGGCCAGUUCACCAUCCCUGAGCUGGCCCAUCUGUGUGAUGCUUGUCUGUCCAGGCCGAGUACAACAGGAGAUCGAUGAAGUGAUAGGGCAGGUGCGGCGACCAGAAAUGAGUGACCAGACCCAUAUGCCCUUCACCACCGCCGUGAUUCACGAGGUGCAGCGCUUUGGGGACAUCGCUCCCCUGGGCGUGCCCCACAUGACAUCCCGAGACAUCGAAGUGCAGGGCUUCCUGAUCCCCAAGGGGACACUUCUCCUCACCAACCUGUCAUCAGUUCUGAAGGACGAGACAGUCUGGGAGAAGCCCUUCCGCUUCCACCCUGAGCACUUCCUGGACGCCCAGGGUCGCUUCAUGAAGCCAGAGGCCUUCAUGCCUUUCUCUGCAGGCCGCCGUGCAUGCCUGGGGGAGCCGCUGGCCCGCAUGGAGCUCUUCCUCUUCUUCACUUGCCUCCUGCAGCGCUUUAGCUUCUCGGUGCCUCCCGAACACUCCCCGCCCAGCGACCAUGGUGUCUUUGCCUUCCUGGUUAGCCCUGUCCCUUACCAGCUUUGUGCUGUGCCCCGCUAGACAGGGACACCAAGUCUGCAAACUGUUCCCCAGCCAGGGACCCUGACGUGCAAUAAACCAAUGUGCUUACCCCAA